AUGGCCUCCCUGGCAGAACCUUCUUUGCCAUCCAUCAACAACCUGGCCAGCCUGGGGCUGGGGCCCCUGCAGGACACACAGACCAGGAGCCACAAGUGGUGGCAAACAGAUGAGCCUCAGGAUGUGGACCUCCCGGGGGCUGCUCACUGGCCCUACCCGGUGAAGCAGGAACAUCGAGACCCAGGACUCUGGCCCGAGCAGCUGGAGGGGGACAGAGGGGCAGAGGGAGACGAUCCCUGCUGGGACCUGGAUUUUCUUCUCACCAACUUCCCCGGGCCAGGACCAGGGCCGGGGCCGGGGCCGGGGCCUGAGCUAUGCCUAGCUCAUCCUUGUGGCCUGUUCCCGGAGGGCCCAGGCCUUAUGGCCGAGCUCCAGGAUCCCAAGGAGCAACCCAGCUGGGGCUGCGCGGCCCCUCGGCCCCUCGCCACCGACGCAGUGCCCUACGCGGCAAACGCCUUGCCUCCAGGUCCCAGCCCCGGCCUGAAAGCUCAGACAGGGCUACCCCCGUUCUCGCCUUCCUGUCUUAGGGAUGGAGGGGGCGGCUUCCCCCAGCCCGGGCCUGGAUACGCGGGCCCCCCCACUCCCGUGAUGGCUCCCUAUGGGCUGCUGGGGACAUACUCUCCCUUCUACCCGGCCCCUCACUACCAAGCCCGGUUCCAGCUGUAUCGGAGAGAGUCUGCCCCGAGCUCCGGCCCGGGCUCGGGGUCCUUGGCCUUCCUGGGCGCCCCGGCGGCUUCCGAGCCCGCGGAGGAGGCCGCUAGGCCCAAGCGAAGCCGCCGGCCUUGGGCCCGGAAGCGCCAGGCGGCUCACACGUGUGGACACCCAGGCUGUGGGAAGACGUACACCAAGAGUUCCCACCUCAAGGCCCAUCUAAGAACCCACACAGGAGAGAAGCCCUAUGCUUGCUCGUGGGAAGACUGCGGCUGGAAGUUUGCCCGCUCUGACGAGCUGACCCGCCAUUACCGGAAGCACACCGGCCAGCGCCCCUUCCAGUGCCAGCUGUGUUCACGCGCCUUCUCCCGUUCAGACCACCUCGCCUUGCAUAUGAAGCGCCACCUGUGAGGCUAAGCCUGGCCUCCAGGAACGGGAUGGAGCCCCGGCCAAGCCGGGGAUAAGCCACAGAGAGGAAACCAUAGGUAAAAGACUCUGGACCAGGCCCUAACUCGGAUCAUGGAAGGAGCCGGAGACAGAGGGAGUCACGGGGUGCCCAGAAACAGAAGCCCAAAUGGCCAGUGGACUGAGACCUCGAGCCCAGCCCGAUGGCUGGCCAUUUCCAACGGCCACCCUCAGCCCUGGGCACUGAACCCAUGGGGAGUGUGGCCUGUCCUCGGGUGCCCUCAUGUGCCCCCUGGACCCUACUGCUGCUCAGCAGAAGGGCUCUCCUCUGGGCACAGGCUCCCCACUUCCCUCUGGCUGCCCUCCCGGGUGAUCGCCAAACCGUUGCUGUGAAUGGUUACUGCUCCUCCCCCCACCCUCCCUCCGGCCCCAGCCUGCCCCUCUCCUCCAGCCUAGGCCCAUAGUAUGGACGGUCCGGGGCCGGGCUGCCCAGAGCCUGCUUUGUCAAGCUGCC